UUCAGACAGAUGACACAUUCAGAGGCAGGAGGACACGAGUGUUUUCAUCAUGUAGAAGCAGGCAGACAGUCAGACAGACACAGAGAGACAGAGACAGACAGACAGAAGGAGACAGACACACAGACAGACAGACAGACCCACCCACACACACACACAACAGACAGACACACAGACACACAGACACACACCCACAACAGACAGACAGGGACAGACUCAAACUUCACGUGGCUCUGAGAUGUCUGCACACAGCGUCUGACGCGUCCUGCUGUUUCCUCCACAGACUCCAGAAUAAAGAGGAGCAGAAAAUGGCAGCGGCUGACGCCCUCUGCUUCACGUUGUGGAUCUCCACAGUCGUAACCGCCGUCCUCGGCUGCCCUGAGCUCUGUAGCUGCUUCAAUAAAAAUGCUGAAUGCUCCUACAAAGACUUCACAGAAGUCCCCGGUGGUUUUCCUUCCAACGUUAUAAGAUUGAGUCUCACCGCCAACAAGAUCAGCCUGAUACCGCUGGGGAGUUUCGACAAUGUGAUCCAGGUGACUUCGCUGUGGUUGGCCCACAACAGGAUCGUCUCCAUCGAACAAGGGACCCUCGCUCCUUUGGUUCAUCUGCGUAACUUUGACAUUAACCACAAUAAAAUCGUAGAUUUUCCCUGGGAGGAUCUGCAGAACCUCACGGGCCUGCAUCUGCUGAGGAUGGACCACAACGAGAUGACCCACCUGCCGAGGAACGCCUUCUCCAACCUGAAAGACCUGAGGUCCCUCCGACUCGACAACAACAGGUUCACAACCAUCGCCGAGGGGACGUUUGACGGUUUGGUGUUUUUGUCCCAUUUGCAGAUUAACAACAAUUUGUUUGCGUGCACCUGUUCCCUCGACUGGCUCCGAGCCUGGAUUUCAACGACCACCAUCUCAGUCCUGGAGCAGAAUUCGAUUGUUUGUGAAAGUCCAGAGAAACUCAAAGGGGAAGUGAUCGGAAAGUUCCCAGAGUCAAAGUGCAAAAGCCCAAAUGUCACAAUACGAACAAAUAUCCAUAAGUCGACUGCCGAGGGGAGAACACUGGUCCUGACUUGUGAGUUCAUAGGAAACCCGAAGCCCCUUGUGCUGUGGAACAUUCGCAGCAGAAGCCUGAAGCAGGAGGUGGUUCUGUCGUUCACCGAGGACGACUCUGCAGAAUCCGAGGACUUUGCACUGUCCCAUCAUCGCCUCAAAGUCUUUAACAACGGGACUCUGAUCAUUCCACACCUGAGGAGAGAAGACUCCGGUAACUACAGCUGCUCGGCCACAAACGAGGUUGGCAGAGCUGACGAUUCGGUGUCAGUGACGGUGGCAGCUUCACCACAACGAACGCCCAUAGUGCAGUGGACCACGACACCCACUUACAUCCAAACACGCCCAACAACAGGGAAAAUACCUGUCUCUGACUCGGAUGUAGAGACACAAGACGUCAUGAGCGUUGAACCGACCGUCUCGCCCACUGCAGAGAUGAAUGUUCCUUCUUACGACGAGGAACCUCCGUCACGUGCUAGUAAAUGUGGCCUGACGGCGAACACCAGGUACAUUUCUAACCACGUCGUCAACGGCAGCCUGGAUGACAUCAAACACUACACGUUUGAUUUUGGCGUCAUUGCCUUAGGGGUGUCAGAGACGGAGGCAACAGUGCGACUCAACCCGCUUCUCAUACCCAGAGAGAAGAGCGUCAACCGGGCUGCUCCCACAUCCGGGAGCCUCCGGGCCGACAGCGGAGAAGGUCAUGACCUUUCAGACGUCUCCAUCCACACCAAUGGCUUGUACCUGUGCGUCUCUGCCGAUCGCAAACACUCGGCCGUGCAGUGGUCGAGAAUCAAAGAAGGCGUUAGCACGUAUCUGUUCAGCGGUUUACGCCCCGGCACCAACUACUCCCUGUGUCUGACCUACAGAGGGGAGGACUGCGAGGUGCAGGUGCUGUUCGCCACCAGGAGGAGGGUCCCCAACCUGCUCAUCAUCGUCUCCGUCAGCAUCUGCCUCCUCACCGUGUCCACCGUGCCUCUGCUCGGCGCCACCUGCUUCCACCUGGUGUACAAAUACCGCGGCAAGACGUACAAGCUGAUCCUGAAGGCCAAAGACCAGUGCCACAUGGAGAGGAACCUCAACGCCAACUUCAACAUCCGAGCGCCGCACACCGACUCCCGGAGGAAGAUUAACGGCAGCCAGCUGGACGAGGAGGAGGGGGAGAGCGUGGACGGAGUGAGGGAGGCCGACACGGAGGAAAGCGUGGUGACCGAGUCGUUCACUUUGUCCCAGUGCCGGGGAAACUUAGACGACUGCGAGGUCGGAUCUGAGUUCAGUGAUAAGUUACCUCUGGGAGCCGAAGCUGUGAAUAUUAUGAGCAACUACAAAUAUCCGAAUCAGUAAAUGAUGAAUGUUUCUAAUAAUGAUUUGUAGGUUGUUUUUUAUUCAGUUACAAGGUGAGACAGGUUUAAAUCCGUGGUCAAGGUUCCGUUAAGCUUUUGCAACAGCAGCAAAGAAAUACUGGAGACUCAAAGUAUAUGUAUUUGUUUUAAACCACAUGCGAAGCUGAAGCAUGGAUGUCACUGAAAACUGCACUAGACUCGUGUUCAUCGUGUUUGUUUUUUCUCGUUCAUGUACACAAGUUAAAAAAAACGUCCAUAAACAACAACUAGAAAAGCAAAAAUACAACGAGCUUGUGUUCGGCUCAGAGCAAAGAUUUAAUUAUGAUUAUUUUUCCGGGCGAGACUUUCAACUAAUCGUGAGUAAAAAUAGUGUCAAAGACUUUGAGAAAUACAUGUUUGUGCUUUCUUCAGUCAAAUGGAAAACGUCCGUCUGGUAAAUACGAAGCUUUAUGCAGCAGCCUGCGUCACAUAUGAAAUAUAUUAGGAAUAACGUAGACUCGAUGUAAGCAGGAGUAACUGUUACUUAAAUAUACUAAUAAUCUGCUUUCAGCUAUGGAUCUAUUCUGUCGCAUUACUGUCGCGGUGCAGCAGCUUGAAAAUACAAUUUAAUGUUGAUGAAAGCUGUGUUUCAGAGAGAGAUGAGUCUCGUGUGCGGCAGCUGUGCAGAGCUCAGUGCUAAACUGGGAACGUUUCCUGUGAAGAGAGCUGUUCUCAUGUUGGAUCCUCGCUGAGUGUUUGUUAAACCAGAUGUGGACGAGCUAAAUUCAGUAUUAUCCAUCACGUCCUCGCCAGUAAAAGCACCAGUGAGUGUGUAUGUGAAGCUACUUGUACCCAGGUCACGUGUCCAUCCUGUUGAGAUAAACCUGCUUUUAACUGUGUCGACGUCAAACACACACACGGACAGCAGGGGGCAGUGCAGCUGUGGCACGCCCUCUAGUGGAAUACUCCAGUAACACCUAUACUCGUAGUAAAAAAAACAAGUAUACAAAGAGAACCUGCAUGCUGCCCAUUGUUGUGAGUCGCAGUUUGUCGUGUCUUGUGAACAAGUUCUGCCGUUGUGUCUUUUUUCAGUUUGAAUCAAUGAAAUAUUAUGUUUUUAACCAGAGUGUUUAAAUAUUCUCCUGAGCUUUGACCCUCUGAUCCUUUGUGCCUCAAUAAAGUUCGGACAAAACGAUAAA